GUCUUUGGGCGGAGCGUGUGAGUUGUAUAGUAGUAUUGGAUUACAGUCGAGUGUACAGUAGGUGAAGUUUACAAAAUGCUGGCGAUCAAAAUCAUAAAUGUGUCCGUGCGUGAUGUGAGAUUCCCGACGUCACUGGAACAACAUGGAUCCGAUGCAAUGCACACAGAUCCAGAUUAUUCUGUGGCGUAUGUUGUUCUGGAGACGGACAAAGCUGAACUCAAGGGUUACGGCUUGACUUUUACUGUGGGAAGAGGGACGGAAAUCGUUGUGUGUGCAGUUAAAGCUUUAUCCACCCUGGUGGUGGGGAAGACUUUAGAGGAAAUAACCAGUGACUUCCGAGGCUUCUACAGACUCCUGAGCAGCGAUGGUCAGAUGAGAUGGAUCGGACCAGAGAAAGGAGUCAUUCAUCUGGCAACAGCAGCCGUAUUGAAUGCUGUCUGGGAUUUAUGGGCAAGAGUAGAGAGAAAGCCCUUGUGGAAGCUACUUGUUGACAUGGAUCCUGCAAAGCUGAUCAGCUGUAUUGAUUUCAGAUAUCUCACUGAUGCUCUGACGGAGCAGGAAGCUUUAGAUAUAUUGGUAAAAGGCAAAAAAGAUCAGAAAAGUAGAGAGGAACAGAUGUUGAAAGAAGGCUAUCCUGCCUAUACCACUUCCUGUGCCUGGCUGGGUUACACUGACCAGCAGCUUACACAGCUCUGCAAUGAAGCUCUUGCUCAAGGAUGGACUAAAUUUAAAGUGAAAGUCGGGGCUGAUUUGCAGGAUGAUAUUCGUAGAUGCAGCCUUAUUCGAAAGCUGAUUGGACCAAACAACACACUGAUGAUUGAUGCCAACCAACGGUGGGAUGUUAAUGAAGCAAUCACCUGGGUAACCAAGCUGGCAGAGUUUCAGCCACUGUGGAUUGAGGAGCCCACCUGUCCUGAUGACAUUCUAGGUCAUGCUUCCAUCUCUAAGGCACUUGCACCUUUGGGUAUCGGAGUUGCCUCUGGAGAGCAGUGCCAUAACAGAGUGAUGUUCAAGCAGUUUCUCCAGGCCUCAGCUCUGCAGUUUGUUCAGAUUGACAGCUGUAGGGUCGGCAGUGUUAAUGAGAACCUUGCCACUAUACUCAUGGCUGCCAAGUUUAAUGUUCCUGUAUGUCCUCAUGCUGGCGGUGUUGGACUGUGUGAGCUUGUACAGCACCUUAUUUUGUUUGACUACAUUUCAGUGUCUGCUAGUUUAAGUAAUAGGAUGUGUGAGUUCGUGGAUCACCUUCAUGAACACUUCAAAAGCCCCACCGUGAUCAGAAAUGCCAAAUACAUUCCACCAAAAGACCCUGGAUUCUCUUGUGAAAUGCUGGAGGAAUCUGUGAAAAAGCAUCAGUAUCCUGAAGGGGAGGUUUGGAGAGCCAUUGAGAAACAGCAGAAGUGAUAGAAACCAACACAAGCACUGACUGCUGAGGAAAUUAAAAAUGACCAACGAAAGGGAGAAAAAUACUUAAAGACCUGUCAGGUUGUCCUGAUUGACUUAAAGGGCAUUAUAAAUGGAUGGGAGAGUAAAUAGGGAAAUAUAUAUUUUCUUAAACAAAUGGUUUAAACUAUAUGGAGUCUUUACUGUAAGUCUUUACUCUGUUUUGUCUUAUUUCAAUGUUCUUAAAGGUCAUACUGCACUGUGACAGGACUAGAGAUCAAGUGUAUGCUGACACUAUUUGUUUAAUAGUCUGAAUAAUGACUAAAAUGGGGAAUUUUAUCUGUGCAUUAACUGAAGGGGACUGUAUGGUAUAUGUACUUGGUGAAUGUUACCAAUCAAACUGAAAAAAACUUUUCUAUUUUUAUGCAUUUCCUGACAUAAAUAUGUAAUGUUUUGGUC